CUCCCGUCCCCCGUGCCUCCCGGAGCUUGCGUGCCUCCCGGAGCUUGCGUGGCUCGUGCUUCUGCCGCCCCCGACCCGCUCCCAGCCCCAGCCCCAGCCCCAGCCCGGGGCUUCGAAUCAUCGGGGCAGAGGGUGGGCUCGUGCGGAACCCCGGCCGCAGAACGGAUGAAUGAAGGCCCAAGCUGGAGGCCGGACGUGCCCGCAGCAGAGCGGCGGGUCGACCUUGUUGGCUCCUUGGUCUCGGGCUUGAAUAGCGCCCCGCGAGGCUCCCGCCGAAAUGUGCGCCGUCGCCCCCGAGAAAGUUGGUAACAUUCCAUAUGAAGCUACUGAAGAACAGUUAAAGGACAUCUUCUCCGAAGUUGGACCAGUUGUAAGUUUCAGGUUGGUAUAUGAUCGGGAGACAGGGAAACCAAAGGGUUAUGGCUUCUGUGAAUAUCAAGACCAAGAAACAGCCCUCAGUGCUAUGCGGAACCUGAACGGCCGGGAGUUCAGCGGGAGAGCACUUCGGGUAGACAACGCUGCAAGUGAAAAAAACAAGGAGGAACUAAAGAGCCUUGGCACUGGUGCCCCCAUCAUUGAAUCUCCUUAUGGAGACCCCAUCAACCCUGAAGAUGCUCCGGAAUCCAUUAGCAGAGCCGUUGCCAGUCUGCCACCAGAACAGAUGUUUGAGCUGAUGAAACAAAUGAAGCUUUGCGUACAGAAUAGUCCCCAAGAAGCACGGAACAUGCUGCUCCAAAACCCCCAGCUAGCCUAUGCUUUGCUACAAGCCCAAGUAGUGAUGCGAAUUGUGGAUCCAGAGAUUGCACUGAAAAUUUUGCAUCGUCAAGCAAAUAUCCCAUCUCUGAUUCAGAGUAACCCGCAGCCUGUCCAAGGACCUAGUGCACCGAUGAACCAGCCGAAUACUCCAGCUUCUCAACCGCAGCCCUUGGGUGGGAUGCAUGUGAAUGGAGCUCCUCCUCUGAUGCAACCACCUCUGCCAGGUGGCGUUCCUGCACCAGGAGCAAUGCCCACUGCAGGACCUGGCCCUGGCCCCUUGGCUCCUGGAGGCGCAAUGCAGUCCAAGGUUGGAAUGCCAGGUGGUGGCCCAGUAUCCCUAGACCGGACCCAAGGGACACUACAGCACUCGCCCGUGGGACCUGCCGGGCCUGCAUCAAUUGAGCGAGUUCAAGUGCCAAUGCCAGACCCCAGAGCCCCUAUGCAGCGUGGACCUAUGCCUGCUGGUGGCCCCCCUCCCCGAGGUCUUUUAGGAGAUGCUCCAAAUGACCCCCGUGGAGGGACUUUGCUUUCAGUCACUGGAGAAGUAGAACCCAGAGGUUACCUGGGACCACCUCAUCAAGGGCCUCCCAUGCACCACGUCCCUGGCCAUGACAGUCGUGGCCCUCCCCACGAAAUGAGAGGAGGGCCGCUGGGAGAGCCUCGACCUCUAAUGGGAGAGCCCAGAGGGCCCAUGUUGGAUCAGAGGGGUCCACCCAUGGAUGGCAGAGGUGGAAGAGAUCCCCGAGGGAUAGAUGCCAGAGCUAUGGAGGCCAGAGCCCUGGAGGCCCGAGGCAUAGAUGCGAGAGCAAUGGAAGCCAGGGGGAUCGAGGCCCGAAGCUUAGAAUCAAGGGCCAUGGAGGCUAGGGGCAUAGAUGCAAGAGGAAUGGAAGCGAGAGGCCCUGGCCCCAGAGGCCCAAUGCCUGGGGGACUCCAGGGACCUGGGCCAAUCAGCAUGGGAGCAGGCGGCCCUCAGGGACCCAGGCAGGUCCCAGGCAUGCAGGGAUCUGGUCUUCAAGGAGGGGGUCAGCCUGGGGGAUUUAGUCCUGGACAGAAUCAAGUUACUCCACAGGAUCAUGAAAAGGCUGCUUUGAUCAUGCAAGUGCUCCAGCUGACUGCAGACCAGAUUGCUAUGCUGCCUCCUGAGCAACGACAGAGUAUCCUGAUUUUAAAGGAACAGAUACAAAAAUCUACUGGCGCCCCUUGAAUGGUUUAAAGAAAGCUUGACCGAAAUACUGCAUGUCCAAUUUCAUAAUUAUGGAGAAGAAUACAGAAUCAGAAGUUUUUGUAUCCCAACACUUGAAUGAUCUUAAAUGGUGGUGGGCAGAGGGUAUCUGACACCUCCACCAGAAGUAAAAAUCUGCUUGUCCUGAUUGUCGGGGUUUGGUUCAUUAUGGGGGGAGGGGGGAGGCGUCCGUUUAAUUUGUAUGUUUUAUGUGAAUUAAAAAUAAAUUUCCCCCCGCAUUUGUGUGUACCCCUAAUCAAGAUGUGUUAUGUCCUUUUUGCCUUGGAGUGGGGCCCAGGGAAGUCGUUGCUUUUGUUUCAGCUGAAGGCCAAGGGACAACUUGUUAGAUUGUGGUUUCUGCUAUUGUCCCUGAACUGUGUUCCCCAGCUCUGUCUCCCUUUGUAUUUCAAUAAUUGAUUGAACAAACAUUAAGUGCUACUGUAUAUGAGAUAUUAUGCUAAUCAGUCUUUUACUCUUCUUGAUGGUCAAUUAUCAGCUGUAAGAUUUUCUAGAACCAGCUUGUGUUCACUUUGUUUGUAGCCUAUGUAACUAGAAUGUGUCUUGUGGAAAACUACUUAGAAUGUACUACUCUGUAUCUAAUAAGGUAAAAUAAUAAAUUAAUUGAGCCGAAGCUGCUUGCUCAGUUGGAGCAAGAAAAUGUCCAGAAAGGCAAGAAAGGAGCAACAUUGGCAAGACAGUAUGUUGCUUCUAGAAGAGUCCAAAUAUCAUGAUGUAUUUUGAUGUCAAUAGCAAAUGAAUUCUUGUAUGUUGUUUAGAGUGCCAGCAAAGAUGCUAUGUUUGAUAGUGAUUACAGUAUGUGUCAUCUACGUCAUAGAAAUAGACAGCACUUGCCUGUUCUGACAUAAAGCUCUCAGGUCUUUGGAAAGUCAAUUAAAAACUGUUUUGGAGGUG